GGAGAAUUAGUGACACAUCCGGCGCUGGAAGGAGUGGGUGGUGUGAGUGGCAGAGUGAAGGCUGUGCCCCACAGACACCAUGAACAUGUUUGAUCGGAAGAUCAACUUGGAUGCCCUCUUAAAAUUUUCUCACAUCACACCUUCUACACAGCAGCACCUGAAGAAGGUCUAUGCCAGUUUUGCCCUCUGCAUGUUUGUGGCAGCCGCAGGGGCCUAUGUCCAUGUGGUCACCCAUUUCAUUCAGGUUGGCUUGCUCUCCGGCUUGGGAUCUUUGGGAUUGAUGAUAUGGCUGAUGGCCACACCACACAGUCAUGAAACUGAGAAGAAGAGAUUGGGUCUUCUGACUGGAUUUGCUUUCCUUACCGGAGUUGGUUUGGGCCCUGCCCUGGAGUUAUGCAUUGCCAUCAAUCCCAGCAUCAUUCCCACCUCCUUCCUUGGCACAGCAAUGAUUUUCAGCUGUUUCACCUUGAGUGCACUCUAUGCUAGGCGUCGCAGCUAUCUCUUCCUAGGAGGUAUCUUGAUGUCCGCCAUGAGCUUGAUGCUAUUUUCCUCCCUUGGGAACCUCUUCUUUGGAUCUAUUUGGCUUUUCCAGGCAAAUCUGUAUGUGGGACUGGUGGUCAUGUGUGGCUUUGUCCUUUUUGAUACUCAACUCAUAAUUGAAAAAGCUGAGAAUGGAGAUAAGGAUUACAUCUGGCACUGUGUUGACCUGUUUCUGGAUUUUGUCACCCUUUUCCGGAAACUCAUGAUGAUUCUAGCAAUGAACGAAAAGGACAAGAAGAAGGAGAAGAAGUAAGACAACUGUUCAGCCUUUCCCUCUUUGGCUCCCUUCCCUCAUCCUCUCAUUUCCUCUUUGCACACAUUACAGGUGGCGUGUUCUGUGAUAAUGAAAAGCAUCAGAAAAGCUUUUGUACUUUGUGGUUUUCUCUGUUUUGAGUUUUUUUAAUCAGAAAACUGAUUAGCAGAUUCUAAUUUGGAGUUUGGCUUCAUGUUCCCUGGGAUUCCAUAUCUCUCCUUUGUCCUUCGGCAGUCAGUCCCUGGUAUGUGAAGAAUAACUGCGACCAAGCAGAGGGAGCAAGUUCCAGGAGUCUUCUUGCUGGCAUACUUUAUUAGUGGAUUUGAAAUUUUUCCUUGCAAAGCCUCCUCUUCUCACUUAGCAUUAUUUGGGCUUAAUAACUAUUCCUGUGGGUGGGAGAUACCGGAAUUGUGUGUUUUUAGCAAGUUGAAUGGAAGCUUACUUAGAGAAACCCAUAGCUCCUCUUUGUGUUUAGUGCUCUUGGAAUUGAGCCUCUGCCUGCCAGCUCCUUAAGAGAUUUGCAAACAAAGUGAACUGGUCUUUCUACCUUAGAAGAAGCUUUGUGGAAGGCACUUUUACCUCCGAGCCUUUGUUGAGUCACUGCCAGGCUGGCAGACACACCAUCUUGCCCCUUAUUCUCAAAAAAUCCUGGUUGAUGGAUGUUCCUGGAAUCUCUCUCCUGGCUCUUGUUCAGGGAACCUACCUGAUCAGACCCAUUAGAGUAGGAAGAUUUUCAGCAUGUAUAGAAAUGUUAGUUUGCUGGGACAGCUGCAGCUCCUCCAGAAACCUGCAUGUUACCUGGGAUCGUGCUCCCCCCAUUCUUCCUCUCAGAAGUGUAGUCCAGCCUUAGUUGCUAAGUAGCCCUCCCUGUGUUGACUGUCGUUAGAAUGCUGAGAGCGUCUUGGAGAGCUGGGCCCCAGAAAGAGCUGAAAUCCAGAUCUGCAGUGAACUUUGGGGUCUUUCUAACGGGACCUUCCAGGCGCAUCUCCCAAUGGCUUGCUGGCUGAGAAGACAGUAGAACCCGCUUCCAUUCAGAGGUUCUUUUCAGCAGGGGGAGGAGCUGCUGCCAUAGCUGAGCAGCCAAGUUCUGAGCUCUGUACCAGGCUGGAGAUGUGAGCAGUCAGGGCAGGGUCCUGAAUCAGCAAGCAGAUUCCUGAAUUCAGCUCAGGGAUGGCCUUGCUCACUGACCAAACAAGCAAGUGACCCAGGUCCCUGGGCCACCUUGCUCUGGUUGCACAUACAUGGAGGACGCUCUUAGAGACCACACUUUGAACCGGAGGCAGAUGGCCUCCCAUUUGACCAGGGUUCCCAGAAUAGUUGUGAGACUGUACUGUAGGAGAGAUGAAAUUACCCCGGGCUCCUUGCCAGCAACCCUCUGUUCUUUGGCUCUUCCCUUCCCCCAGACAGAACAGAGUUCCUGGGGAAGCCUUUGAGGUGCUCAGGACGGCUCUGCCUCUCCUGUAGGUGGCGGACCCUUGAUUGAGUGGUUGCCUCUGAUCCCAGGGUACCGACCUAGGUAGGACUGCUUCUCCCCUCGUGGUCCCCGCAGCCUUUUGUCCGUGUAUUUGAUGUUGCUCUGCCCUUGCUAAGAAGUUGACUGUGUUAAUGUCUCCUGAAGCCAAAUUCCACCUUUUGUGCUUUUUGCUUGGGAUAAAAGUUUUUCUUUAGAAACAGUGCCAAGAAUGACAAGAAAAAAAAAUUCUACUUUUAAAGAGAAUGCCUAACAGGUUUUUAAUACAUUAAUCACUGUAACUAUAACUAUCACUUUCUUUUCUAGUUUCUUGGUUUUCAGCUCAGGCUGCAUUCUAUAACUCAUACUGUGAAGAUAAAGGUGUUUUUGAUUCAGAAAUAUAUGAAAUCUACAAAGUCUUAAUUUGUAAAAAAUAAAGAAAAAAAUCCUGA